AUGAUGCGCAGACGCCACAAGAAAUCACGCCGGGGAUGUCUGGAGUGCAAGAAGCGGCAUAUCAAGUGCGAUGAAACCCGGCCACGGUGCAUCAACUGCACGACUGUGGAGAGGGAGUGCCAGUACUCGACCCCUGGAUACCAAUCACCUUCCGAGACCUCAGGGAGUCCCGCGCCGGUAUCUCAACAGACGCCCUUCCCAGGCUCCGUCUCGACCCCUGCCUCGGUGGCGGCCUCGGACCACAGCAUGCCCGCUCCGGCUCUCUCGCCGGAGGCACCGGCACCACCUAUGCUGGACAUGCGAACUUUUCCUCACACUGGGGACAUGAACGGCAAAGUCGACAUCGUGCACAUGCAGCUGUUUUAUCACUAUGUGACCAACCACUCGGACAUCUAUCCGUUUGUCGAUUACGAUGGUGGACUGAAACGCAUCAUUGUCGAAGUUGCCCUCCAAGAGCCGUUUCUUUUGCACUCGAUCCUCGCAAUGGCAAGCCGGCAUCUGAGUAUGACCGGAACCGGCAACACGGCCUAUUACCACGACCUUGCCAUUGAGCUUCAGACGCAAGCAUUGUCUCUAUUCAACAGCUUCGAUGUCGAGUAUUUUGCCCAGUCGAUCGAGCGACGAGUGCCCGUCUUCCUGUUCUCUGCGAUCCUAGGCUUUCAUGCCUUGUGCGACAUGCUGGCGUACCAAGACGACACCUAUCCCUCCAACCUGGCCAGGCUUACAGGAUACUUUCGUCUCCAUCGAGGCAUUCUUUCAGUCAUGGAAGGCCACUGGGAAGAUCUCAAGAAGACGGAGCUUAGCAUCCUCUUUGACCACAUCGUCCCUCGUUGGUAUGAGAUCAGUGAUAAUGACGGCGGCUCGGAUUGCGACGACAUCAAACAACGAGUUCGGGAAUCCCCAGAUCUGGAUGAUGGGCAGCGGGAGGCGUUUUUCAAGGUCCUCAAGUAUCUCCAGUGGGUGUUUGAUGCCACGCCCAACUAUCGCAGCCGAGCUCAUAUGUUGUGCAGUUUUGCUGUGAUGAUUCCUAGACCCUUUGUCGAUGCUGUCGAGGUAGGCAAGCCUGAAGCGCUGGCCAUACUCGCCUACUUUUAUGUCGCCCUGCAUUUCUGUCGUGACAUCUGGCUGAUUGGAAACUCGGGCCAGUUUCUGUUGACGUCGGUUGCCAUUCACCUCAACCAGCUCGGCCCAGAGUGGUCGGCCUGGUUGGAGAAGCCAUGUCAAAUGUUGCGGGAGUCUUUGGAGGAGGACAAACUCAACACCCGGUCCUCUGCUACCAGCAUCGCCUCGGCUUCACCCCUGCCAACCUGGAGCCAUUCAGGACUCGACGAUCCAUGA